AUGGAGAAUGGGACGAUGGUCCAGGAAUUUACCCUGGAGGGAUUUCCUACUGUCCAGUACCUGGGAAGGCUUCUCUUCUCAGUGCACCUGCUGGCAUACCUGGCCUCCAUCACAGGAAAUGUAGUCAUUGUCUUUGUUGUAUGCACCAGUGCUCAUCUGAAAACCCCCCAUGUACUUUUUCCUUGGUAUUUUCUCCUUUUUGAGUGUUGUUUUACCAGCGCUGUUAUUCCUAAGUUGUUGGCUAUCUUUCUUUUAGGGAAACAAACAAUUUCCUUUGUUGCCUGUUCCAUACAAGCCUUCAUCUUUAUAUUUAUUAGGGCGUUUGAUUUUCUUCUCAUAGCUGUGAUAUCAGUGGACAGAUGUGUGGCUAUUUGCAAGCCUCUGUAUUAUCCCACCACCAUGAACCUGAGGACCUGCACCCUUCUAAUCAUGGCCUGCCUUACUAUGACCUCCACCUUUACCACUUGGGUAGUAGGGAAGGUAUCACGGUUACCCUUCUGUGGCCCCCAUGUCAUCCCACAUUUCUUCUGUGACAUUGGCUCUCUGAUCCACCUCUCCUGCUCAGACACCAAAUCUGCUGAAACUCUGGCUUUUGGCCUUGCUUUUCUUAUCAUUAUCUCAUCCCUCAUUAUAACCAUCACUGCAUACAGCAUAGUAGUCACAAUUGUAUGACUCCCAUAAGCCAAGGAGAGACAGAAAACUUUCUCCACCUGCUCAUCCCACCUCAUUGUCCUCGCUCUAAUAUACAGCAGCUGUGUGUUUAUAUAUGUGAAACCAAAGCAAAUAAGUAGGCUAGAAUCCAACAGAGAGGCUGCUCUCGUGAACACAGUGGUGACACUGCUUCUGAACCCUGCCAUCUACACUCUGCGAAACAAGCAGGUCCACCGGGCUCUGAGGGAGACUGUGUGCAGAAUAAAAAAUCAAGAUAAAAAAAUACCAUGUAUUCUUGGGGUGGAAAUCAUCAAAAACAAGUCUUAUCAUUUCAGAAUCACAGAAUUCACAUGCCUUCUGUGUGAAUAUCUCCAUAAAAUGCACGUGUUUGUCACCUCAUGGUACAUUUUAAUGUAG